GAGCGGUUGGGCUGGAAGGUCCCUUAAAGAUCACAGAACUGCAGAACCACAGAUGGAAUACUUGGGUUGGAAGGGCCCUGGAAGAUCCCAACCCUUGCCUUGUUCUGGUUGCCCCCCACCAGCUCAGGCUGCCCAGGGCCCCAUGGGGAGAUGCUGGGGGUCUCUGGAGUGCAGUGGAGGAUGCGCAGCCCGGGCUGUGGCUAUCAGCUUUUGGCAGCGUCCCGGCAGCGGUGGGUGACCAGCAGAGGGCCCGGCUCUGCCGCUCCUUUAUCCCGCCCGGAGCGCCCCGCAGAGCCCACAGCAGCGGCCGCAGCCGGACCGAGCGGAGCUCCUCCGGCCCCUCCUCGUUCCCCGCAGCCCCGGGGCUGCUCCGUCAGACGCUUCCCGCAGAGGGUGCGGAGGACAUCAUGCCUUCGCCCCCAUCGCUCGUCCUCCUGCUGCUGGCACUGCCGGGGGCCGCGGCGAUGCCGGGCGCAGUCGGGCGGCACGCAGAAGGUGGCGUGCGCCCAAACCAGGGCGCAGGUGGAGGCGGGAUGCUGCCGGUGGCUGCACAGGAUAACGCAGAGCUGAAGGCGCGGCCGCGUCGGGGCACGGUGGAGGACUCCAAGUCGGUGCAGCAGUACGUGCCGGGGGUGCGGGUGGAGUUCCCACGGCCCAUCAACGCCGCCAGCCUGCACCCCACCAGGGCCAUGGUGCCGUCCAGCACCGACCCCUCUGAGCAGCAGCGGGGGGUCCCCACGGACGGGGGGGCUGAGCCCGCCGCCAACCUGACCACGGUGUCCGACAAGAGGCUGCAAAUCCAGAACCCGCUGUACCCGGUGACGGAGAACUCGUACAGCGCCUACGCCGUCAUGUUCCUGUCCCUCAUCGUCUUCGCAGUGGGCAUCAUUGGGAACCUGUCGGUGAUGUGCAUCGUGUGGCACAACUACUACAUGAAGAGCGCCUGGAACUCCAUCCUGGCCAGCCUGGCUUUCUGGGACUUCCUCAUCCUCUUCUUCUGCCUGCCUGUGGUCAUCUUCAACGAGAUCACCAAGAAGAGGCUGCUGGGGGACAUCUCGUGCCGCAUCGUGCCCUUCAUGGAGGUCUCAUCCCUGGGAGUCACCACCUUCAGCCUCUGCGCCCUGGGCAUCGACAGGUUCCACGCGGCCACCAGCCCGCAGGCCAGCGCCCGGCCCAUCGAGCAGUGCCAGUCCAUCAUUGCCAAGCUGGCUGUCAUCUGGGUGGGCUCCAUGACGCUGUCGGUGCCCGAGGUCCUGCUCUGGCAGCUGGCCCAGGACACGUCGCCCGUGUCUGGCGUGGUGACCGAGUUUUGCACCAUGAAGCCUUCGUCCAACCUGCCCGAGUCCGUCUACUCGCUGGUGCUCACCUACCAGAACGCCCGGAUGUGGUGGUACUUCGGCUGCUACUUCUGCCUGCCCCUCCUCUUCACUGUGAGCUGCCAGCUGGUGACCCGCAGGAUCCGCGGCACCGAGCAGAAGGCCGAGUGCCGUGGGACCAAACACAGCCAGUGUGAGAGCCACCUCAACUGCACCAUCAUCGGGCUGACCGUCAUCUACGGGCUCUGCACCACCCCUGAGAACGUCUGCAACAUCGUGGUGGCCUACAUGUCCCCCGACAUGUCCAAGCAGACCUUGGACCUGCUCAACCUCAUCAACCAGUUCUUUCUGUUCUUCAAGUGCUCGGUGACGCCCGUCCUGCUCCUGUGCCUCUGCAGACCCCUGGGCCAGGCCUUCAUGGAUUGCUGCUGCUGCUGCUGCGAGGGCUGCGGUCCCGAUGCCGCCUCCAGUGAGGGCAGCGCCGAUAGCAAGCUCAAGACAGAGAUGUCCUCCUCCAUCUUCUUUGACAAGCCCCGGGAGUCCCCUCCGCCCCUCCUGGCUCUCGGCACGCCGUGCUAAGUGCCAACCAGGAGCCGUAGAGAGCAUUUCACCACCUCCUCCCAAGACCAAACGUUGUUUCUGCCAUUAGUGCCCCGUGCCCGGACGUGGAGCAAGCAGGAGAGUCAGCUCAGGGGCUGCACCAUGGGCUUCAAACCCCGUGUUGGGCAAGGGGUGUCCCGUCCCCGUGGCUACAAGUGGCCUUCUUGCCUCUGCCCAAAGGACAUCAGCUCCCUCUGUGCCUGGCCAGGCUGGGAGGUUGCUGCUCUGCUGAUGGAGUUGUGCAGGAAAGGUCCCAUCUGCUAUCAAGGAGGGUUUGCAGAGGACUUAGCAAACACAAACUGCCCUCGUCCUGUCCCGUCCCCUCCUGCCAGCCCCCUCCACAGUAGGAGAAGGUCCCAGCGACCAGAUCCCAGCAGUGCCCUGUAAGAGCUCAAUAAACCAGUAAACUAGAGCACGUUGUGCAUGUAGACAUGCAGAGCAAUGGGGGGUCAGAGCACGGUGGGCUGUGUGACCCCACGCUCUUCCCUUAGACCUGGGGGCUCUGGGUGGGCACGGGCAGCUCAGUGGGGUGAGGACACACGGGGGUCAGGAAAGCGGCGUUGGGCCAGGCAGUGGCUGAGGGUAAUGGCGUGCUGCUGAGAGCCAGGGCAGCCUCUGCUGAGCUCCUCCAAGCACUCAGUGCUUUGUGGGGUUGGGUUGGUCCCAGCAAAGCUCAGCACUGGGCAGCAGUGCCCUACAGCCUGCAAAGCACUGUGCAGAACCAAGAUCCCACAUCCCAUCCAAAGAGCCCCACGCAGCGCUCCCGGCUCCUCGUCCACUUUGCCCAUUAGGGGCACAAAACCCACCCGAGGUGCCGAUCUCAAACCAGCACACGUUCCAAACCCAGCAUCCACGUCUCACCAGGGCUUACCAAGGCAGGCUGCUGGGAGCAGCGAGGGCAGGCUGGCCGUGCCGGGCCCCCCCGUGCUGCCCCCAGAGCCGAGCUGUGAAAGCUCCUUGUGUGUGUGGCUGGCAGCCGCCCCAGCGCAGGAUGCCGGGCAGAGGGAGACGGUUGCUACGGGCGGGUGAAUGCGAGGGGCUCACUGUGGGCUUUGUGCAGCAGCACCCACCGAGCUUUGCUUUCUCAGCCCUGUUGCCAGGGAAACAAAAGCCCCAGUUUUCUUCCCAGUAGCACAAAACUGAGUUUUUCCUUUCCCUCUGCCAGCCCUCCCCGCGUUGUGCUGACGCUGCUGGGGCUGUGGGGGUUUGGGAGCUCCUCACGGCAAAGGGCGUGCAUUGGGGCACAGAUGCCCGGCAGGGUCCCGGUUAGGGCACGGCUCCCCAGGGCUGGGCCCCCUGCAUAGGCAGCAGCGAGGCGGGAGGAAGGGCGAGGUGGCCGCUCUCAGGCGCUCACUCAGUGCCGCUCCGUCCUGAGCCCCGGCCAGGGACGAACAAAGGCCGGCUUGUUGCUGCGGCUGUGUGGGGAGGAAGGAGCCAGGCUGGGGGCAGGGAGGGGGGGCUGUGCAGCCCAUGCAGGCGAUGCGUGGUGCCUGUUGCACCCCAGUCUCACUCAGACCCCGCGCUCAGGCAGGCAGGCAGGGUGCCGUAAGCACCGCUCACAGCCCACAGGGAAGAACUGCUAGAGGCAGGAGGGCAGAGAUCAGACACCCCAGCACAGCUGCUCCAAAUCCAGCACUGCUGUCCCAGGAUAGGCCCAGAACACAGUGUGGGCGAGAGGAGAAUCCAGCAGCGAUGGCCACAGCUGGAGGGCUUGGAGCCCAUCUCCAUGAGUAAACAAACAAUGCAUUGGGAGCCAUCGGAUCGGUUCCAGCAGGUCCUGAGUGUCACCAUGGGGACUGCAAUCCAGACAGAGGCACCAGGUACUGCAGGGUGAGCAGGGACAGGGGGCUGGGCAGCGCUCCCAUGGCACAGGGAUAGAUAGCCCUGAGGUGGGGGGGAGAGGGGGGAACAGUGGCAGAGAGGAAGCAAUGACUGCAACCACACCCACCAACGCAAAAUUGUUAAUUUAUUAUUAUUAGGAGGCAAAAAAAUUGUACAGUUACAAGAAUCAUUUCCCAACAGAGGUCAAAUUUGCGCCAAAAUAUCUCUUAAAAAAAAAAAAUGGGGCGGAGAGGG